AUGCCUGUGGACGCCCGCACCGAGGAGUGGCUGCCAAUCCAGCUCCACAUCGCUUCCCCACAAAAGUCCGCUGCCGGGUCAACCAAGAAGAAAAAGACAAACCCAAAGGCACUGUCUUCCGCGUCCCAUUCUUCGCCUUCGAAAGCCGAGGUCCUCCCAGUACCGGGGACGCGCAUUACUGUUCGGACCUCCGAGGCAGCCAAGCGGAUAACGCAAGCUCGUGAGGCGCAUGCAGUCGCAGUCGAAUUCGUGUGCUUCUCCGAGAGCGAAGCGCGUUUGAAGGCCAGCAGCCUGCGGUUGUCGCUUCUCUUCCGCGGUUCUGAAGAAUCGAGCUACCAGUUGAAAGCAGCUGAGGAAGUAAAAUUGAAAAGGCAGACAGCGAUGGAGACAAGGGAGAGAAGGAGCGCGCAAGGGUACACGGCUUCCUUCUCACUCAAAGCGAAUGCCGCUACAGGAUACAGACACGCUCCACCUUCUUUUCAGGCAGACAAAGCUCUCGCAUGA